CAGUGACGUCACCGCGCGGUCAUUGGGCGAGCGCGCAGCGAACUGAAUUCGGCUGAAAAAAAAAGAUUAUUUCACAACAACAAGGACAGCCGCUCUCGCUGCUCUCAGUAAGACAAGCGUGCACUUUAUGACGAGACGUUUUUAUUCCCCAAAAGACAUCGGAUGUCACAAUGGCUGCAAACUUCACCAUAUCAGACAGCGAGUCGGAGCCCUCCGAGGAGGUAGAAGAAGGGGACAACACCCAACCCCCUUCUGGACGGGACCGGAAACUCCCCCAAAGUCUCACACUUGCCUUACCCGAGCUUCGAAUGGGAGGUCGUAUCAGGCUCAACUCGGAGUCCCACGCUUCCACUGUGUCCCGGGACGAGGAGCUCCAAGGCAGGGGGGAAGAGGAUGCUGGCACGCCCACAGACGGUGGUCCGUUCCGGGGUCGCUCAAAGUCGGCUCCUCCUGAGCUCUGGGCCGCCAAGAAGUAUGGGCGGCAGCUGCGGCGAAUGAGCGACGAGUUCGACAAACUGUUUGACAAAGGGGAGAUCAAGAAGUUGAACGCCGGGACGUCCAGGGUAAUGCACCACUCCAAAACCUGGUGGAGUGCCCUGUUCAGCCACCAGGAGAUUGAGGGCGAGAACAACCACCAUGAGAAUCACACUCAUCGCACUGAGUAGGGCUGCGGAAUGAAGACGAACGACAAAGCUGUGACUGGACAGAGGACAGGAAGACAAGGAAGAGGGAAGGAGCGGCGGUACACAGUGACACUGAGGUGCCUGCUUCGGUCUCUUUUCUUCAGACUACAUUUAAUCAGCCGUAUUUUGUGUUUGAUAUGGUUGUGGCGUCAUUGUUGGGGAGGUGUUUUUAAAAAUGGUCUCACAACAACACUAUGCAACAGAAAGUGACGGACAGAGGAUGGGGGGGUGUGGCACACGUCACGUCAUGCGUCAGGUCUUCUGAGGCACAAACACCAAGUGUUCGAAUGGACCUCAAAUACCAUUUGGACCAACUUGACUCAACAAUCAUGAACAUGUUUUUAUUGUAGCCAUCCAGUGCAGUGCAAACGUCUUUGGUCACCUCUGUAUUUUUUUAAUAAGCAGCAUUUUGAGUCAUUACAAGGACUGGUGCUCUUUUUUGUAUCGAUAAGGGUUCACUUAAAGAAUGGCAGCUCAAGUGUCACACAUGUACUCCAUUAACUAUACACUCUUUAUACAUUACCGUAUAUAUUAGUUUUGUAUUAGGGCCAGACCGAAACAAACAUGAGAAAAGUCAUUUUUUUAAAGAAAGAACAUGAAUACUAAAAGAUACAAGUCAAAAUAUUAAAAUGCAAUAAAGAAAAAUGCAAAUUUUGGGAGUACUUUGUACUCCCAAAAUUUGUACUGUACAUUGAGUACUAUGCGAAUAUUUAUGAAACUGUACUUUUAAACCAUUUACGUCAUUAUUGUCAUAAAACUAGCAACUUUUUCUCAUGUAAAUUAUUAAUUUACCAAUCUUGUAAAAUUACCCUUUUUGUAGUACCUUUUUUCUUCUCAGAUGUACUGUACUCAUGUAAAACAACACUUUAAUAAUGGCUUUAUUCACAGUUUUCUCAUAAUACAUGUUUAAUUUUAUUUUUUUCGGUGUGGUCCUAAACUACCAAGUUACUGGAAAACAGGAAAAGUGAAUAAGUACAGCAGACAACAA